AAAAUUGUGACGGCAAUCGAUUAUGUCUCGAUGACAGGAAACAUAAGAAAGUGCUGCCAUGCUUACUAGGAAAAUCAUAUCUUUCGUAUCCGUUGGAUCGUUAUUAAUUUUGAUGGUAAAAACCCAUCGUUUCCUGUCUCUCAAAAGUUCAAGGUUGAACAUUUUUAAAGAACGUGAUCGAACCCUAAUUGAGUCAACUUUCGAACCAAGUGCAUGACUAGUCUCGUGACUAGUCACACUUGGAAAUUGAAGAAAAGAAUAUCCCAAAGACCAUCAGUUUCAGCAUUCAUUCCCGAAAUUCUCUUUGUUACUGGCAAAGAUUUUGCUUUCAAAGUACCUUGCUUAAACAUCGAGACAAGAAUGAAGAUCAGACAUCUCCUUGUCGCUUUUAUUUACUCGCUGCUGUUUACAGACAACGACGGCUAUCCCUUUACAAGUCUAUUGCAAUUUAGCAAGAACAGCAUCUGUCGUAACGAUAUAUGUCGAAGUAAGCCUUCAGUAAUGGAGCAUGUGCAGCAAGGCCUCGCAGUCGCGCUGAACGAAUGUCAAGAACAGUUCAAAAAUAGGAGAUGGAAUUGUACGGAGAAAGGUGGCUCGAUUGAAAAGAUCAUGCGAUAUGAUUUCCGCGAGUCGGCGUUCUUUUCUGCGAUCCAUGCUGCAGGGGUUACCUAUGUCGUCACACGCGCAUGCUCGCUCGGUGAUUUGGAUCUAUGCGGUUGCGACGCUUUCAAGUAUCGGCAAGGAAUGACAACAGCAUCGAGGAAAAUAGCCAGCAGGCAAAUUGCGCAAAGAUUCGCCGACAGGGGGGUGUGCGACAGGAAUAUUAAUUUUGGAGAAGAGAUAUCGCAAAUCGCGUUUACAGAUAAGACCGCAAUUGUAGACGCAAGGACUUUACUCAUACGAUGGAAUUUCGAAGCUGGACGUAAGGUUUUACGGAAAAUGAUGAAGAAGACGUGCAAAUGUUUUGGCUACAGUCAAGCUUGCACACAAAAGGCCUGCUGGCUCUUACUACCGCAAUCCUUCAGCCUUGUAGGAGCAGCUCUGAAAGAACGCUUCGACUCUGCCUCAAAAGUCUCCUUCGGCAACAAAGGCAAGUCUUUUCAAGUCUACGACAAAUCCAUGAAGCCUCCGACACAAGAGGAUCUUGUCUACACAAGUGAAUCGCCAACGUUUUGCAACCCAGAUCCGUCCGUUGGCUCGCUUGGGACGAAAGGGCGCUACUGCAACGCGACUUCGAUGGGCACCGACGGCUGUGAUAUCAUGUGCUGUGAUCGAGGCUACAAAACAAGUGUUGAAUACAUCAAAACGUCCUGUAACUGCAGGUUCCGCUGGUGUUGCAAGGUAAAAUGCAAGACAUGUCGAAAGGGGAAAACUGUAAACACGUGUCUAUAGAACUAUACGGUCCUCUGUGUAUAUACACCAUCGGAGCUGCCUCGGAUUUAACCGCUUCGCGCUCGAGUGAAUAUUUUAUUCGUGAAAAAGUUGAGGUGAACCAAACCUCUCUGUCGUUGUGUGAAUAUUGCAAGCGCAGGCUUAAAGCCAGAGUUCCAGAGUCUCGAGUAUUAAGUGUAGUUUUAAACGUUUUUGAAGAAUAUGAGCCAACAUAUAGCUGAAAGCAUUUUUAUUGCAAUGGACUAACUUUGAAAAUCUCAUUCAGUUUAAUGUCAAAUUUUAUAUAACUUUCGCGAAAACUAACCUAUUAUAUGAACCUGUAGUUAAUCAUUAAAGCUCUUUUUAGUGCUGGCAUUCUCGCUGUUUAGCUUAGUUUUGAUUUAGAUUAUUGCAAACGGAAUAUUUUGAUGGUUCUGUUAUAAUAUUAUGUAGGCGUGCACGAAAUAUAUCAUUGAUAGCAUGGCAGUUAAAAUCUACGGUACCCCGACACAGUAGUGAUCGUCUCCCAUUACUGUGGCGCGAGUAGAAAAAAUAACCGCUGUACAGUAAAAUAUUUUAUCACGGGCUCAAUACGCGAGUAAUAAUUAUCGAGCCCGCUAUUUAUGCGGUCAGCCUAACAGGUCGCUUUUUAAAAGAGAAGAUGAUAUUAAUUUCGAUUUUAGUUUUGUGUUUUAACAAGAUAGCAGAUGAUCGCAUUUUUCUAAUACUGCCUAAUGUACUUGUGUUUUAAUUUACUAUUUUAGAAAACUUACUUUAUUUUGAACCACCGUUCCGUAGCUAAAAUAUGAUUGACCAUUGCAACUGUGUAACCACGCCUUGGCAGUAAGCUGAUAUUCUGAAAUUGUAAAUAGUAUAUACAUAUCUCUAUAUAUAUAUGAAAUACGUUUGAAUCGAUAUAAAAUA